AUGGGGCUAUAUACCAGGCUGCCAGUCGAGCUCACAGAAGUAGACGUAAUCGUCGUAGGAGGCGGUACAGCUGGCUGCGUAGUCGCAGCAAGACUAAGUGAUGCGGACCCAAAUCUGACGAUAUUGGUGAUUGAAGAGGGCAAGAACAACGACGGUGAUCCUUCUGUCAUGUAUCCAAUUCUGUGUUUCGGCUCCAUUCUUCCGGGGAGCAGCACUACCCGUGCAUAUGUCAGCAAUGCCGAGCCUCAGCUAAGCGGACGACAGGUCUCUGUGUCUGUUGGAAACGUUCUCGGGGGCGGAUCCUCUGUCAAUUUGAUGAUGUAUAGUCGAGCGCAGCGACAUGACAGGGACUCGUGGAAGACACCAGGGUGGACUGCUGAGGAAAUGCUUCCUUUUCUAAAGAAGCUCGAAACCUACCAUGGACCCGACCCAAAAGGCGUCCACGGGGACCAGGGACCAAUUGUCGUCUCCCGCGGGCCGUAUGAGAUGAAGAAAUCCGAGGACGAUUUCAUCAAUGCGGCGACAAAGCUUGGCUGGGCCGAGCAGGCUGAUUUGCAAGAUCUAGACAGCAACAAUGGCGUCCAGCGUGCCAAGCGUCUCAUCAGCAAAGAUGGGCAACGCUCCAACACGGCUCAUGCUUACAUUCAUUCGAGACUCGGCGACGAUGCUCACUCCAAUUUGCAUGUCCUUGUAGAGACACAAGUUGCCAAGAUCCUCUUUGACGGCAAGAGGGCAGUCGGCGUCGAAGUUCGGGCGAAUCCAAAGUCACAGAGUGACACGACGACGCAGAGCAUAAAGGCCAGGAAACUAGUUGUGCUCUCUGCCGGCGCCUUGGCGAGCCCGUUGAUUCUAGAAAGAUCAGGGCUUGGUGAUCCCAAUAUUCUCAAGGCGGCAAAUAUUCCCGUCAUUGCCCCUAUUCCGGGUAUUGGCAAGAAUUAUCAAGAUCACCACCUAAUCUCAUACAGUUACAAGUCGAGCCUCGAACCACACGAAACUAUUGACGGGAUUUUCGGCGGUCGUGUCGACAUUGGAAAUAUGAUACAAACAAAGGACCCCAGACUGGGCUGGAACGCCCAAGAAGUGACCUGCAAACUGCGGCCCAGUGAAGCCGAUCUUUCUGCUCUCGGACCUGAGUUUCAGGCAGCCUACAAGAAAGACUUCAAUGGCCACCCGGAUAAGCCUCUGGCCUUGAUGUCCUUCUUGAGCGGAUACGCAGCGGAUCCGACUGGGAACCCUGCAGAACAGUACAUGUCCAUAACGACUUUUACAGUGUAUCCAUACUCUCGCGGACAUGUGCAUAUCACGGGCGCUACUCUGGACGACCCAGUCGACUUUUCGACGGGGUUUUUUGCCGACCCAGUCGACGUGACAAAGCACAUUUGGGUGUACAAGAAGCAGAGAGAAAUUGCCCGCCGGAUGCAAGCAUACCGCGGAGAAGUCCCGGCUAUGCACCCACCGUUCCCCCAGAGCUCGGCCGCCGCACUGGUCGAGACGGACGCGCCGCUGCUGGCUAAUGUGACUGAUAUCGAGUACACGGCAGAGGACGACGCCAUCAUUGCGCAGUGGGCGCGAGACCAUGUCGGUACGACGUGGCACUCUCUAGGAACGUGCAAUAUGGCCCCGCUGGAGCAGGGCGGCGUCGUUGAUGAGACGCUCGGCGUGCAUGGCGUGGAGGGUCUCAAGAUUGUCGACUUGUCCAUCGCUCCGGGAAAUGUUGCCGCCAAUACCGCGGCUACAGCCAUGGCUAUUGGGGAGAAGGCGGCUGACAUUAUCAUCAAAGAAUUGGGUUACUGA